AAACACUUCAAGAAAAAAAGGAGAGAAGAAAAAGAAAAUUGCGGCUCGGGCACGCAGGAUUUGUUCCCCUCGCUCCGUCUCUCCCACAUCGCAUCUCCCGCUCCGCCGCCGCCGCCCGCACGCCGCUCCUCCUGCUGCGCCUCCCACGCCGUCCCCUCGGAUGCAUCGCGCGUCCCCCUCCGCCGCCCCGCUGCUCCUCCGCCGCGCGUGCCCGCCUCCUUCUCCGCCUCCGCCGCGGCGGCCUCGUUCUUCCAGGCCCGGGAGGAGCCCGUGAGGUGCGUCCAUCGAGCUUAUCUACUGCCGCUUCCUACUCCAGAAUCUAGCCAGACUUGCCUGCAUAAUUGUGGCCCGUGAGGUUACCGUAGCGCAAGCCCAGGCAGCAAUCCGGCUGAGCUCACCCGCCCACAUCACCAGGGGUCGUCCGGCUGCCGCCGCGCGUCGCCGGUCGUGUCACUGCCGCCGCUUCUGCUGCUUAUGAGAGCCCUCACUGCCGCCACAAUCUCCUCCCCGAUACGCGCCCUCCUCCUCCUCCACCCCUCCUUCCCCCCAACCCUCCGCCUCCCUCUCACCAUGAACCCCUCCUCCUCCUCCUCUGGCUACCGCUCCAAUGCUGCCGCCUUCGCCUCCACGCACCAGCCGCGCGGUGGACAUGGCGGUGGCAGGCGACCGGGUGGACGUGGCGGCGGCGGUGGCGGAGGCAACGGCGGAAACCGCAUCGAUGCCCUCGGCCGCCUCCUGACGAGGGUCUUGCGGCACAUGGCGCCGGAGCUGAGGCUGAACAUGAGGAGCGACGGGUAUGUGCGGGUCCGCGACCUGCUCCGCCUCAACCUGGAGACCUUCGCCAAGGUUCCGCUCAACUCCCACACGGUGGAUGAAAUCAGGGAGGCAGUCAGGCGAGACAACAAGCAGAGGUUUGGUCUGUUGGAGGAGGAUGGCGAGCUGCUGAUUCGAGCUAACCAGGGGCACACUGUGACAACUGUUACAUCAGAGAGCUUGUUGAAACCAAUUCUAUCGGCUGAUGAAGUCUCAGUCUGUGUCCAUGGAACUUACAGGAAAAAUGUUGAUUCAAUAUUGAAACAUGGGCUUAAACGUAUGGCAAGGCUACAUGUACAUUUCUCAAGUGGUUUACCAUCAGAUGGAGGAGUUAUUAGUGGUAUGCGGAGUGGCGCAAACAUAUUGAUAUAUUUGAAUGUCAGAAAGGCACUGCAAGACGAGAUGAAGCUAUACAUCUCAGACAACAAGGUGAUCCUGACGGAGGGCUUCGACGGCGUUGUCCCCAUCAAGUACUUCGAGAAGAUCGAGACAUGGCCAGGACGUGCACCGAUACCGUUCCAGAGGUAGAAGAGGCCUUGCCGUAGCACUGGAGUCCUGCACGGCCUCUCGCUCAGCGAAAACUUGGGAUGAAUGCGCUGCACGACAAGAGUUUCAUCAUGUAAUCAUUGUGCUGCUGCUGUGGACUUUUUACUGGUUGUGCAGAACCUGUGUAUGGUUAUGAUGACCAGAUGUUAUGGAAUAGCAAAUUUGGUUUAUGAUGUGUGAAUCUGCGAGGUUUCAUCCCAAAUAUUUUUUUUUUGUAAAAUUUGCAUGCAUUCUACGGUGGUUUAAAAAAAAAGUAAAAUUUGCGUAAACUGAUUUCUGCUGGCCUGCCUGCAGUGAGAUUUUGGUUUUGGUUUUGGUGAGACUUAGAAUCAUCUGAUUGAUUGGCAACGUGGGAAACUAUGUAUAUCAGGUGGUCGAAUGGCCGAAUGCCCCGCGCGGCACCUAUGUUUUUGCUGCCUUUUUGCUUGGAGGAGGCGCUGCUGAUUUUUUUUCAGAAUUCAGAGUCGAGCAGUGGCAUUUCUAGGAUGUAUGCUUUUAGUUGUUUAUUUUGUUCAUCAUCCAGGGGGGCAAUGACCGACCACUGGGGCGCUGCCCCAUUUUCGCAGGGUAACUUUCACCAUUCAGGACUUCUCUGUCAUUCCUGAGUAGCAACCAUGGUUAACAGUUUGAAGCAUAACUUUUGGUCCAUUACAUACAAUGCUUGAUUCGUCAGUCAGUUUUUUGUGCCCAUGGGAACUAUUCUCAGUUUGCACCUGCAGGAUCCGACUGGGUGUUAUUGGAUCUCCCAGUUCAAACACUCACUUUUUUUUUUCUGCGAAUGGAGUUCAUACGCUCACUCAACCUAUCUGAUGCGUGUGCUUUGUGCGUCUCCGAUCUGACGCGUGUUGUCUUGCAGUGUGCUCGGAUCUGGUGAAGGGCGCCAAGGAGAAGCAGCUCAAGGUCAAGGGCCCCGUCAGGAUGCCCACCAAGGUCCUCAACAUCACCACCAGGAAGUCCCCCUGCGGAGAAGGGACCAACACCUGGGAUCGGUUUGAGAUGCGGGUGCACAAGAGGGUGAUCGACCUCGUCAGCUCCCCAGACGUCGUCAAGCAGAUCACCUCUAUCACCAUCGAGCCCGGCGUCGAGGUCGAAGUGACCAUCAGCGACCAGUAGUUAUGCUACCCCAAGAUAUGUGUCUUUAAAUCUUUUUACAAGGGUGGAGAGACACCUCCAACGUACCAAGAUAUUUUUGAAACUUUCUGUAGUAUGAGAACUGGGUUUUGUAUGACUAGGUUCUUUGCUUCGUGAUUCUAAGUGCCUAUCGUCCUAAGUUAUCUUCCGUCAA